AAGCAAAAUGUUUCGCUUUGCCUUUCUUUGUUUGUGGGCAUCAUCAGUCUGGGCUUUGCCUUCCCCAGCAGGUGUUUACAAUGUGCCGCCCUUUAAACUUAAUGGUCCCAGAAUUAUUAACGGAGAGCAAGCCGCGGAAGGACAAUUUCCUUGGCAAGUUGGGUUGAACGUAAACGGCUUUUGGUUUUGCGGAGGCAGUAUAAUCAGUGAAGAAUGGAUCCUAACUGCUGGGCAUUGCGUGGACGGGGCUGAAUCGGCUGAAGUCGUAAUUGGAUCCACUGAUAUAGAUGCCGGCGAAAUUGUAACAGCCUCUCAAUUUAUCCUUCACGAAGAUUAUGACGGAGAUCUAAUCGCGAAUGAUAUUGGAUUAAUCAAGCUUGACAAACCUUUGACUCUGAGUGGAAAUAUCGCUGCUGUCAACUUGGCUUCUGAAGAACUUAAUGCCGACGUUGAUGUUACGGUCAGCGGUUGGGGUUUCACCAGCGAUGAUUCACUUUUUAUAAGUCAAUACCUGAAUUUCGUGGAAUUGGUUACCAUAACUAACGAAAAAUGUGGAGAGACGUAUGGACAAGAUUUAAUUCGACCUGAAAUGGUUUGUGCUACUUCUCCUGUAUCUCAAGUUAAAAGCACUUGCAGUGGUGAUAGUGGUGGUCCUGUGGUGAUUAAUGCCGAUUCAGAUCCAGUUCAUGUAGCUAUUGCCAGUUUUGUGGGUGACACAGGGUGUGAAGCCGGUACUCCUUCUGGGUAUACUAGGACGGCGUAUUACAGAGAAUGGAUCAAAACAAAUACAGGAGUUUAAAUUUGAAACUAAUUUUUGAAAGAUGUGUUAUUCUAUAAAUAAAAACAUAUUUAGUUUUCAAA